AUGAAUCCUAUGCAUAUUGAGAUACACCUUGUUUCUUACGAAAAUGUCUUGAAUUGCUGGUCGUUUGUGCGAAAUGUGAAUAUGGAGCAUGAAAUGAGCCAAGUCAGAGGUGAAAUAAAUGAAGAAAAUGGAGAGGAAGAAAGUGAGAUGAACUUCUCUGGGUCAGAAGAGAUGAGGCUUGGCAUUGCUCACAUUCAUGAGAAAGUUGAGGCAUUUAAUCAACUGGUUUCUGAGAUGCUGGAAGCGGGCAAAUCACUGUUCAACAAGCUAAGCGUGGAUUUUGAAGAGCGAGUUCUCAUGAUCCACAAGGAGCAGAUGGAGAAAUGGCAGGAAGAGAUAAAACAGCUGAGGAUGAUCGAUACAACUAAUGAGGAAAUGAAUGAUCGUCUUAAUAAUGCCAAGUGCCUACUCCAAAAUGUUGAUAAGAUGGAGCUAAUAUGUAACAUAUCCUGGGAUCUCAAUCAUCAUCUUAAGCUGAUGGUUGAGCCAUUACCCAAGUUGGGAGAGCUUCGAAGACAAAAUGUUAGUGGGAUUGGAUUCGAUGUUGAUGAUCGUUGCCCAAUUGGGACUGUUCCCAUUUUAAGAGAUAAUCUAAAUUCCACCCACUUUCUCAACUCAUCUUCACUCUCUUCAAACGAUUAUAUAAACUGCGCUGCUGUAGUACAUACAGUUGAUGAUGUUGCAUCUACAAAAUUCUAUGGAACUGCUGGGGGUUUAAUAGUUCUCUACAAACCCUAUGUGCAAGCCACACAGUGGUCUUCUGCCAGAUUCAAACUUAUCAAUGGGAAUGAUUUUAUUGAAGCUGGUUGGAUGUUAGCCUACCUGUCAAGAGUGAAUACUGGUCCUAGGCCUUCUUGGAUGUCCCUUUGGUGCAACAUCCGAUCAUCCCCUAGGAGUCAUGGUGAUGAAGAUAGAGAUCACCUUUUCAGAGCUUGUUCUUACAUCCAGAACAUUUACCUCCAUGUAAAGGAUUAUGUUCCGGAUUUUUGUUGGCCAGCCUUCUUUGAUGGUGUUGUUCAGAUUAUGAGUAGAAUGUCCCAGAGGAAGAAGUCCAAAGUCUCUUUAUUUCCCAUUAUUUGGACUGAGACGCUAUAUCAAACAUGGUUGCAGAGGAAUGUACGUGUUUUUGGUGAUCAAGGCCUUCCAGCUAAGCUUGUAGCCCAUAGUAUUUUGUUCUUGGUUAUUGCAAGGGGUACCAAAUAUGGCGUGUAUGAUUGUGUUGAUUUUUACAAGCAACCCACAUUCAAUCAUCCUUUAUUGAAGAAUCUCACAUUGAAGGCAAGGAAAUACCAAAUUUGGAAAAAAUAUCAUUGGCAAAAAAUUAGUGGCAUUGGAUUUGAAAAUGACAGUUGCCCGAUUGGAUCUGUUCCAAUUUUAAGGAACACUAUCAAUUCCAACCAUUUUCUCCAAACAAAUGCUGCGCUCCCUUCUAAUGACAACAACAUAGAUUGUGUUGCAGUAGUUCAUACAGUUGAUAAACCGACAACAAAAUUCUUUGGAACUUCAGGUUUCAUGAUUGCGUAUAAGCCUUAUGUGCAACCCACUCAAUUCUCUUCUGCUCGAAUCAAGCUUAUUAACGGCAACGAUAGUUUUGAAGCUGGAGUGUUACAGAGUCAUGGCUCUGAUACCAUGAUGAGUGAGUACAUUAGACAUGGAAGGGAUAGGACCACAAACGACAAGAAGAAUAUUACAGGAGCAGCAGAGAAUAAUCAGAAAACAAGUACAGCAGAGGGCAUGGACGAAUCAGAUGGGAAUUGGUGGCUAUCAAUGACAAACAGUAAAACUCGAAUAGGAUAUUGGCCCAAACAAAUAUUUAGCAAAUUAUCAGAAAAUGCAAAUCAAGUAGAAUGGGGAGGAGAAACAGGAAGUGGAAUUGGGACAAGUCAAUGGCCAGAAAUGUGA